AUGGCACGUCGACUCCUAUUUCUUCUCAGCGCCCUUCCUCUUGCUUCGACCGCUGCUGUUGAGCCACGAGCAUUCACCUACAAUGCUUGCAGCGGUGCUGCGGCCGUCAUCGCCAGCAUCUUUGCCAAGUCCCCUGAUGCCCUGGCAUACUGUUCGUCCAAGUAUCCUGUGCCCGCACUCACCAGCACAGUCACGGCACCGGCCUCUACCUCAACGGUAAAGAGUACCAAGACAGACAGUACGACUGUUACCACAACAACCAUAACCAUCACUGCUCAACAAGCUACUGUAACCACGACCCAGUUUACCACUUCUACUACCACCAUACGAUCCACGACGACAUUCACAUCCGUCAUGACAGUAACCGCAACAAGCACGUCAACUUUUACCACUAAUUCUCCAAACCCCCAGAAACGCACAGCGGCGCAACUAGCUUCGGAUGUACAAGCUGGAGGGAUCCCGAACAAGCCACGCGCGCAGAAGUCCGCUCUCAAGGACCUCCUAUCCUAUGCUAGCUCCAUCGUAGCUCAAGUCUGCACCUGCAUUGAGGUGCCUAAGACUGUGACCGUCAGGUCGACCCCAGCGGCAACCACCACUGGCACAACCACAACUACGACAUCGAUUACCGCCUCCGCUACUACAUAUCCUUAUUGCAACUACCAGGACGCUACUUACGGGCUGAAAGAGGUCGGUGGCUGCAGUAUCAACUGCUAUUGCGACCGCCUCACCGACGGGACAGGUGGUGUGUGUGCGGCUCGCCGUGUACGAGCAGCAGCCAAUGCGGACCUGGUUUUGCCUGCGUAUCUGGCCUGA